AUGAAAUAUAAAAAAAAAGAAAAGAAGCUUCAGAAAGAAAAUAUAACCACAGCAGUGUGUGCUCUUUUAAAUUCUGGAGGAGGCUUGGUGCGGGUGCAGAUUGAAAAUAAAGAUUUUGAUUACCGUCUAGAUACUUUAGGAUUAGAUAUUGAAAAAUCUCUGGAUGAACUUAUUUCUAAUACCACAUCAAAGGAUUACUUUGACAUAACUCAAGAUGGAUUGUAUCUAAAUAUUUUUGUUAAGUCCUGGACCACCAAAUUUUUUUUAUCAAGGAUAUGUUCUGUGGAUACAGGUUUGUACAGUCGAUCAUUUACUUCUAAAAAGAAGGCAAGCCCUAUGCAAGUGAUGGACAUGAUGGAGGAAAAAUCAAAGGGGAAACGAGCACGUUUUGAUCAAACACUUUUUUUUCCAGAACAAAUAAAUGAAUUGCUUGAUAGAAAAUAUUUUCAUUUAAAUGAAAAAUUGCCAUUAUCAGAAUCACUUUAUAUGGAAUUCAAAGAUUUUUCUGGUGCAAGUGAUAAAGUGAGAAUACAGGAAGCCAUUCCUGAUUAUUUUUCCGCAUUUGCAAACUCUGAUGGAGGAUGCUUGAUUAUUGGUGUAGAUAAUGAUGCAAAAGUAAAAGGUUGCUGUACACAAUGCAGUGAAUCAGAAACCAAACACUUGGUGGAAGAAAGAAUAAGGAAACUAAAAAGCAUCCAUUUUGAUUACUGUGACGAAGGUGCUCCCUCUUAUAAGCUAACUAUUACAAAUGUCCGUGAUGAUCAAAACAAACCUUCAGGCUUUGUGAUUAUUUUGAAAAUCGAGCCAUUUUGUUGCUUAACCUUUGCUGAUGACCCUCAGUCAUGGAUAAUGAAUUCUGACUCUUUUGUCUCUCAUAUCGAAGAUCUUAAACAACUAAACCCAUCAGAAUGGAUAGAAAUGAUGAGCACCAAGGAUACAGGUAAGCUAGAAUUGGUAUAUAAUUUCAUAUUCUAUAGAACACGGUUAUUCCUUGAGUAAGUAGAUUUGUAUUCUGUUUCAACAUGUCUUCUGUUAAUUGCUAUAUCUAACGUGCUUAACAACGCUAACCUUGAGUCUAGAACAUAAAUAUACUGUCUGAAGUGCAUUCAUCAACCCCAUCCUUAUGUGUUUAUGCCUCCUCUUUUGUCAGAUUGUUCCAUAACAUAUUUACUCUCAAACCCUGUGUUCCAGCCAGUGGAAAUUCCUAGAGAGGACAUUACUGCCAUAGUCAUCUUAUCUUUUUAUUUUUAUUAUUUUUUUUUUCAUGUUUCAAUUUUACAUUAAUGUGGUUUAAACAAAAGAAUACAUUGUAUCUCAGCUUGCGUCAAAAAUACAAUGUGCAUAAAUACUACAGGGCAUAGUUUGCGUCAAAAAUACACUGUACGUAAACGCUACAUGACAUAGCUUGCAUCGAUAAUUCAAUGUAAGUAAAUACUACAUGACAUAGCUUGUGCCGAAAAACGAUGUAUCAAAUCUGAUCAAGGAUUUAAACAGCUGGAAAUAUAGGUUAUACUAGCAAGGGCUGUACCCAACAAUAUGUCUCAUACUAUAUGCCUUAAAAAUAAGUGUCGAUUCAGAGCUUGCAUAGUGGGCUAACACAUAACAGGCAGAUUGAUAGGGGAUCAAAUACUUAUUUCAUUCAUUGACAUUCAAAUCAAUUUCUAACUUAUUUAACAUGUGGUUUUCUGUUUUUUGUUAUUCUGUCUCUCACUGUUAAAAUACACCUACCAUUCAAAUUAUAGACUGAUCAUUUCAAAAUCAGCAGGGGAUCAAAUACUUUUUUCUCAGUCAGCCUUGUCAGUAAAAGCAAAAAUAUUAAGAAACAAGUGGCCAAAAUAGUACAAAACAAAAAAGUUAGCAUUUAGUAAUUAUAAAAAAAAAAACCCAGAGUGAGGAAGACAAUGAUUUAUAGGAUUAGGCAGAAAGAGGCUAAGCAAGUUAUAAGAGCUUCCAAAUCUCACACACAGAAGAAGAAAAUAGCACAGCCGCUAAAAAAAAAAAAAAAAGGGGGUGGGUGGGUGGAGUAAAAACAAAAGAAGGACGGUAUGUAGAAGAGGAUAAAGGUCUAGCUGACUCUGAAUAUUUUUGUUUAGUAUUUACAGAUGAAAAUGAAGGAAAGGGACCUCAGUUGGGAAAAAAGGACAAAUUAGUCAUUUGUUGCAUGUGAGUUUACAGAGGAAGAGGUUCUAUUUCAACUGUCAAAAGUAAAGACAAAUAAGUCAAUGGGGCCUGAUGGAAUACACCCAAAGUUAUUAAAAAAGCUUAGUGGUAUACUAGCAAAACCAUUAACAGAUUUAUUUAACCAAUCAUUAACAGGAGUAGUCCAGGAAGAUUAAAAGUUAGAAAGAAAGGUAGUAGGGAGAAGUCCGGCAAAUAGGCCGGGAAGCCUUACUUCACUAGUGGGGAACAUCUGAAAUCACAUGGAUUUUAAGAUCAGAGACAACAUGGGUUUACUUCAGGGAGAUCAUGCCAAACUAAUCUUGUUGAUUUUUUUUGAUUGGGUAACUAAAAUAAUAGAUCAGGGUGGUGCAGUAGGCAUUGCUUACCUAGAUUUCAGUAAGGCUUUUGACACUGUUGCACAUAGAAGGCUUAUCAAUAAACUGCGAUCUUUAAGUUUGGAUUCCAAUAUUGUUGAAUGGGUAAGAAAGUAACUGAGUGACAGGCAACAAAGGGUUGUAGUCAAUUGAGUAUAUUUGAAGCAUGGUCUUGUUACCAGUGGGUUACCUCAGGGAUCUGUACUUGGACCCAUUCUCGUUAAUAUUUUUAUUAGUGAUAUUGCAGAAGGUAUUGAUGGUAAGAAAUCACGAGUCAAAUACGAAACCGGGGUCAGGAUACCAGAAAUCAGAAGUCCAAUACGAAGCCAUGGUCAAACACAGGAAAUCACAAGGGAAUCACCAGGAGCGCUAAACGAGGAUCCAAACAGAAACCACGAUAGGGCAUAGAUGGCUGCUAAAACAAACCUUAAAUAGGCUCUAAAUAUUCCCAUUGGUCCACAUCAUCUCUGCGAGCCCAAACAACAUUGGGUCGUCUAGAUGACAUGGUCCCUUUAAGGUAAAGACGUCAUGGCUAUUUCUUUAUUUUAAAGGGGUUGCAGCUUGUCCCGCGAACCGACAGAGGGAACCAUUCAUGGGACCGAAGGCAAGUACUAUAUUCUUGCCAUGCAACCCGAGGACUGA